ACUCCCCCCAGGAGGAACAAGGUGCUGAACCACUUCAGCAUCAUGCAGCAGCGGCGCCUGCGGGACCAGGACGAGGAGGAGGAGGACAAGGACAAGGGGAGGAAGGCUCCGGGCAAGGGCGGGGGGCUCCGGAUCCACGACCUGGAGGAGGAUCUGGAGCUCAGCUCCGAGGAGAGCGAGGGCAGCGAGGCUGAGGGGGAGAAGGCGGCGAGGCCGAAGGCUGCCGGGGGACACCCCAAGAGGAAGAGGAGGAAGGGCAGGAAGGGCUCUGAGGACGAAGCGCUCGAGGACAGCGACGACGGCGACUUCGAGGGCCAGGAGGUGGAUUACAUGUCUGACGGCUCCAGCAGCUCCGGCGAGGAAGAGACGGGCAAAGCCAAAGCGCCCAAGGAGGAGGAGGAAGGCCCAAAAGGCAUCGACGAGGCGAGCGAGAGCAGCGAGGAGAGCGAGGAGGAGAAGGCAGAGGAGAAGGAGGAGGAAGAGGAGGGAAAAGCGACCCCCACCCCCCAGGAGAAGAAGAAAAAGAGGGAGAGCAGCGAUGAGUCGCAGACGUCGGAGGAGAGCGACAUCGACAGCGAGACGUCCUCGGCGCUGUUCAUGGCGAAGAAGAAGACCCCCCCCAAACGGGAGCGCAGGGCCUCGGGCAGCAGCUCCAGGGGGGGCUCCCGGCCCGGGACCCCCACGGACUCGGGGGGCACCGGGGGGACCCUUCGGGCUGCGGCGGCCAGGCNAUCGGGGGUGCAGGGCCUGGAUCACCCCCAGUGCUGCUCCUGCUGGGCUGGGAGCGCUGAGAUCGGGGGUGCAGGGCCUGGAUCACCCCCAGUGCCACUCCCGUGGGGCUGGGAGUGCUGA